GCUUACCCGCGUCGCCCUGCCCUCGCUCCGCCUUUAUUCGACGUCGACACCGCCGAACGUCCCCGUCAAGCUCAUUGCUGAGCUGCGCAAGCUCACUGAGGUCUCCAUCAGUAAGGCCCGUGAAGCCCUCGCUGCCUCGAACAACGACAUAAACGCGGCGUUCAAAUGGCUUCAGGAGGACCUCGUCAAGUCCGGGGCGAAGAAAGCUGAGAAACUCGCCGACCGCGCGACCAAGCAGGGUAUGGUCGGAGUCUCCAUACUCUCGCGUGGCGUCGGAGACGGCACAGGCAAGGGCAAGGGUGGCGUCAGGGCUGCCAUGGUCGAAGUCAACUGCGAAACAGACUUCGUCGGACGCAACGCUCGCUUCGACGCGCUCGUCGCCAAUAUUGCCCACACUGCAGCCUUCAUUGCGGAAGCGCAGAACUCAGGCGACCUCAUCAGACCCGUCCCGCUUCAACUACUCAAAGACGCGCCGUUAAUUUCGUCUGACGGCGAGCAACAAGCGACAGACGUCACUGUCAGCAGCGCAAUUCACGACAGCAUCGCACGCUUUGGCGAGAUGAUCACGCUUGGACGGGCCGUUGCCGUCGUGCAGGACCCACUGGCCCAGGGUCUCGGCCUACGCGUCGCCUCAUAUUGCCACGGCUCUGUCAGCAAUCCUAAUCACGGCCAAGUUGGCACCUUGGCAGUGCUGGCCCUGAAGUCUGCCAAGCUGGGUGAGCUCAUCGCGGCCCAAGCCUUCCGGCAAGACCUCGUGAGGCUUGAACGUUCGCUGGCCCGCCAGAUUGUUGGGUUUCCAACCACGACACUCAAGCCACUAGAGGGCCAGGAGGACGACUGCGCGCUCUACGAACAACAGUUCAUGAUGUAUCCCGACUCAAACGGUGCUAAGGUUAAGGAGGCAUUCAGACAGUGGGCGAGCUCUCAUGGUAUUGAAGAGGAAGGUGGACUGGAGGUGGUCGACUUCGCCAAAUGGAGCGUUGGAGAGCCUCGGGCGUAAGAGAACCUGGAUGUUAAAAGGUGCGCAAAUAUAUUCUUUUGUGAAGUUGUACU